CCCCCGCCCCCGACAUCCCGGCCAGAUAAAGGAGCCCGAGGCCAAGAGGGGAGAGAGACCCCGCCCCCUUAAGAAGAGAAGCCGCAGCCCCUGCAGGACGGGGGCCUGCGUCGCUAUGGGUUCCACCGCUACCCCGGAGGGAGCGCUGGGCUAUGUCCGCGAGUUCACUCGCCACUCCUCCGACGUGCUGGGCAAUCUGAAUGAGCUGCGCCUGCGCGGGAUCCUCACUGACGUCACGCUGCUAGUUGGCGGGCAACCCCUCAGAGCGCACAAGGCAGUUCUUAUCGCCUGCAGUGGCUUCUUCUAUUCAAUUUUUCGGGGCCGUGCGGGAGUGGGGGUGGACGUGCUCUCUCUGCCUGGGGGCCCCGAAGCCAGAGGCUUCACUACUCUUUUGGACUUCAUGUACACUUCGCGCCUGCGCCUCUCUCCGGCCACUGCACCAGCCGUCCUUGCAGCUGCCACCUACUUGCAGAUGGAACACGUGGUCCAAGCAUGCCACCGCUUCAUCCAGGCCAGCUACGAACCUCUGGGCAUCUCCCUGCAACCCCUGGAAGCAGAACCUCCCAUCCCCCCAACGGCUCCUCCACCAGGCAGUCCCAGGCGCUCCGAAGGACACCCAGACCCACCUACCGAGUCUCGGAGCUGCAGUCAAGGCCCCACCAGUCCCGCCAGCCCAGACCCCAAGGCCUGCAACUGGAAAAAGUACAAGUACAUUGUGCUGAACUCUCAGGCCUCCCAAGCAGGGAGCCUGGUGGGGGAAAAGAGUUCUGGUCAACCUUGCCCCCAAGCCAGGCUCCCCAGUGGAGAUGAGGCCUCCAGCAGCAGCAGCAGCAGUGAAGAAGGACCCAUUCCUGGUCCCCAGAGCAGGCUCUCUGUGACUGCUGCCACUGUACAGUUAAAAUGUGGGGCUCCAGCCAAUACCCCCCAUCUCCUCACGCCCCACACUCAAGAGACCACUGGGUCAUCCUGUGAGCGAGCUCGUCCACCACCAGGAAGUGAAUUUUUCAGCUGCCAGAACUGUGAGGCUGUGGCAGGGUGCUCAUCGGGGCUGGACCCCUUGGCCGAGGACAAGCCCUAUAAGUGUCAGCUCUGCCGGUCUGCCUUCCGAUACAAGGGCAACCUGGCCAGUCACCGCACAGUGCACACAGGGGAAAAGCCCUACCACUGCUCCAUCUGCGGCGCCCGUUUUAACCGGCCCGCUAACCUGAAAACGCACAGCCGCAUCCAUUCCGGAGAAAAGCCCUAUAAGUGUGAGACUUGUGGCUCGCGCUUUGUACAGGUAGCACACCUGCGGGCUCACGUGCUGAUCCACACUGGGGAGAAGCCCUAUCCUUGCCCCACCUGCGGGACUCGCUUCCGCCACCUACAGACGCUCAAGAGCCACGUUCGCAUCCACACGGGAGAGAAGCCUUACCACUGUGACCCCUGCGGCCUGCAUUUCCGGCACAAGAGUCAACUGCGGCUGCAUCUGCGCCAGAAACACGGAGCUGCUACCAACACCAAAGUGCACUACCACAUUCUGGGGGGGCCCUAGCUCCUGGGGGCCAGGAAAAGCUGCAGGCUCAGGCCUGGCUUCCCUGUCAGGCUUGAGCACGGGGGUGUGCAAGUCCACUCUGGUAUCAGAAACUGCUGCCACCUUAAUUUCUCACUGGGGAGAGCAGGAGUGGCAGAUCCCAGCUAGAUCUGCCUCUGUUUUGCUGGUCAAAACCUCUUCCCCACAAUCUAGGUUGUUUCUGAGGAGAGAGCUAGCUAGGGGAUGGGGGAGGAGAGAGACGGGAGACCUGGUUUCCUUAAGGGAACAGCUGUCCACCCACGGCCCCCAUCGCAUUCAGUUUAUCUGUAAAUAUAAUUUAUUGAAGCCUUUGGGUGGCACCAGGGCCUUCAUUCUAUUGCAUUUCCCACUUUCCUCUUCCACGAGUGUGUUCAUAAGUGGCCCGAAACAUAGAAGGUGAGGUCACAGCUCUGCUGGCAGAGAAUAUUAGCACUUGGCUCUCUCCUUUGCCUUGAGUGUAUUAUAUUAUUAUUGUCAUAAUUUUAUCUUUAGAAUUGUUCUUUCUCCUGUUUGCUUGUUGGCUUGCGUAAAAUGGAAAAAGGGGUUCUCUGUAUCCUGUCCCUCCAAUUCUAGGUCUGGAACCUUUAUUUGUCCUAGGGCAGUUCCAGAAACUUGUUGGAUUGUGGAAUUGGGUCAGGAAGCCUCUCUGGUGUUCUGGAUGUUGUAGGUUCUCUAGCAGGCUAGAACUGGAUAUAGACAUUUCUCUUGUCUUAAAGGGUGAUAGGAAGCUUUGUGGUGAGCCUUCAGUGGAGGUAAUAAAUGCCUCUUGUAGGCUGUGGGUAUAGGGGCUGGACUCUGCAUCACUGCAAGUGGAGACUGGUAGUCUCCUGAAAGAUGGUCCAGAAUCUAAACUGUCCAUUUAUCUGGUCACCUGGGUUUGGCUCUGCUGUAGCCAUCUAUAAUGGUAGAGGCUUGAGCUGAGCCCGUAAUCCUCCCACUAGGGCCUGUUAUUAGCACUGAGUCGAUCACUCCAUUGGGGAGAGAUCGGAAAUUCUUUAUCAGAGAUGAUGUGACCUUUUCUGACUCUGCCCAGUCUCUAUGAAUGUUACGAUCCAGGGGAGAAUUAUGAAACUCUUUACCUUGAUUAAAUGGUAAAGAGCUGUGACCCAUCCUUUACUGCAGAGGCAUCUGGGUUUGAAUGUUCCUUGGGAUUCUCUCUACCUGAGACAAGCCCUUUCUUUCCUUACUGGGUUUUGGACAUCUUCUGGCAAGUGUCCAGAUGCCAGAAACGUCUUUGCCUCUAGAGGUCACAGUGCUUGGUAACUUUCUUACUUUAGAAAAUCUGGGUCUGUGACCCAGUCUUCCCAUCACUGCAUUCCUGUCUGGGACCAGUGAAUGCAUUAGAACUGUCCGCAGAAAAAGAAAAGGGGCUGAGUUCCAUUCUGGGUUUGCUGUAGUCUGGGAUUAUGGUUGGGAUUAUCAUUGGGAUCAGGGAUUUAAAAGAUUGAUUGGCUGAUGGGCCAAAGGCCUGUUCUAGUUGACCAAGUUUCUAGGUAGGAUUAAGAUGUUGGUUGAGGGGUACAGUUUCUGGUGUAGGCCAGGUAGGGAGGAAGUUAGAAUGGGGUUGCCUCUAGGCUGGGUGGAAUCUCUGGAAUGUUAGAUGAUACUAUGAAGCCUUGAUUUAUAGUCCUGCCACUUGUUGCCCUGUGGCCUAUUUGAUUAUGGGACAUGGGUGGAGGGUAAAAAGCACUUUUGAAUUUGUGGAGUGGAACUUCACUUAUCUUGUUAGUACUAGUGGCUGUCACUUUGGGACUAGAGAGAAAGCUAUUCUCUCUUUCCCUUUCACUCCCCAUUGCAGAAUUGGAGGGAGGGAAGGAAGGCAGAGGAGAGAUGUUAGAAGGAACCAUGACUUCUAUUUAGCAGACUGGAAGGGCAGGUGGACAAUGCCUGGGGGUUGAGAUGUUAUCUUUCAAGAUCAGAUCCUUGGAAUAAAGAAGCCUCUCUGUGCCA